CCGUAGUUGAAUACUAGCAGGCUAACUAGAGAAAGAAAGCUAACUAAUCGUGAGAGUAGAAGUAGAGCUAACGUUAAAGGAAAAGGCAACUGUCAAAGCAGCAAGGGGAACAGCAUUUCAAGUGACGUGAUAAAUCGUGUAAAUGACUCAAUGAACAUACUUCUAACUACUUAAUCAAAGACCGUGCUAUCAGAUGCCCGAGGAGCAAUUUGGAUACUACAACGAUUGUCCCAUUUCCAAACGGAAACCAUCUCUGGACACAUAGUUCGAGCUAGCUUGGUAGCUAGCAAAGUAAACCAUCCAGGAGACUCUUUAUUGUCACCUAAAUUCUCAAACUGAAUGUUUCGUCUGUCAUGAGUCCGGCCGGGUGCUCCCAUGUGAACGGUUAUAAGGUGGAUAAUUGGAAACAAAAUCUUCGAGUCAUUUACCAAUGCUUUGUCUGGAGUGGUACUGCAGAAACCAGGAGACGCAAGGUACCUCAGGGAAAUGCAGGCCUGUCAGUGGUGGCUAAAUCGUGUAUCUGUCAUAUGUGUGGUGCCCACCUGAACAGACUCCACUCCUGCCUCUACUGUGUGUUUUUUGGCUGCUUUACGAAGAAACACAUUCACGAACACGCAAAGAACAAAAGACAUAAUCUUGCAAUAGACCUAUUAUACGGUGGAAUAUAUUGUUUUGUGUGUCAAGACUACAUAUACGACAAAGACAUGGAGCAGAUUGCCAAAGAGGAGCAGAGGAAAGCGUGGAAAUUACAAGGCAUUGGAAAAUAUACCACGUGGGAGCCGACCAAAAGGGAACUAGAAUUAUUACGACACAAUCCAAAGCGAAGGAAAAUCACUACAAACUGUACAAUAGGUUUACGAGGGUUAAUAAACCUGGGGAACACGUGCUUCAUGAACUGUAUUGUUCAGGCCUUAACGCACACACCUUUGCUGCGAGACUUCUUCCUCUCCGACAGACACAAGUGCGAGAUGCAAUCAAACUCCUGUCUGGUGUGUGAGAUGUCGCAGCUUUUUCAGGAGUUUUACUCGGGACACCGCUCACCCCACAUUCCCUUUCGGCUGCUGCACCUGGUGUGGACACAUGCACGGCACCUCGCGGGCUACGAGCAGCAAGAUGCCCACGAGUUCCUCAUCGCGGCGCUGGAUGUACUGCACAGGCACUGCAAAGGAGACACCAUCAGAGAUGACAACGGGAAGAAGGCCAACAAUCCAAAUCACUGUAACUGCAUCAUAGACCAAAUCUUCACUGGUGGCCUGCAAUCAGAUGUUACCUGCCAAGUUUGCCAUGGGGUUUCCACGACGAUAGAUCCCUUCUGGGAUAUCAGUCUGGACCUGCCAGGUUCAUCCACGCCUUUCUGGCCCCUCAGUCCAGGAGGAGACGGCAGCACCGUGAACGGGGAGAGCCACCUGUCAGGGGCCACCACACUAACAGACUGCCUUCGAAGGUUUACACGGCCAGAGCAUCUAGGAAGCAGUGCCAAAAUUAAGUGUGGCGGUUGCCAUAGUUACCAGGAGUCGACUAAACAGCUGACAAUGAAGAAGCUCCCCAUCGUAGCAUGUUUCCAUCUCAAACGGUUUGAGCACUCUGCAAAACUGCGGAGGAAGAUUACCACAUAUGUUUCCUUUCCUUUAGAGUUAGACAUGACACCUUUUAUGGCAUCCAGUAAAGAAAGCAGAAUGAAUGGCCAGUAUCAACAGACAGUCGACGUAUUAAAUAAUGACAAUAAGUAUUCGUUGUUUGCAGUGGUAAAUCACCAAGGCACAUUAGAAAGUGGACACUAUACUAGCUUCAUUCGUCAGCACAAAGACCAGUGGUUUAAAUGCGACGAUGCCAUAAUCACUAAGGCCAGCAUCAAGGACGUACUUGACAGUGAAGGGUAUCUCUUAUUCUACCAUAAACAGUUCCUUGAAUACGAAUAGUGUGUUUGGAGACUGACCAGAAUGACAACCACUGCGUCUGAGGGGACUAGGGGACAGGAUUGAAAACACACAAACCUACCUGAAUCUCUCUUGACUACCAGUUUGCUUCUCCAGCACUAGGAGGACAGCAAAUAUAAACCGUGUGUAAUCAUGCAACCUUAAAAAAAAACAAACAAGCACUGAGCUACUUUUAGGCAUCUACUUGACAAGUGAACAAGGAGAGAAGGAGGAAGGUCUUUGGAGGAGGACCUUGUCUGCUGUCCCCUGUUACCUGCUGCAUAGGCGGAGCGUUUGUCAGAGGGCACAUCACAGUAUUUCAAACCCCCUAUCACCACCACCAUCUCUCUACCAUUUCUCUCCAUGGUGCUCUUGUUUCAACUUAACAAGCAUUUAAACUUGAUGGAAGACAGUCCAGCUCAUAUGCAUAUACAGUUAAAGGGACUGAGCGCAAAAAAUGAAUAAAAUCAAUGUAUUAUUAUGAACUUGAAAACAGAAGACAUUUUUUAAAGCUAUGGUUAUUAUCAUUUGUGAAUUUAGUUAUCAAAUACUGUAUGAAUCUAGUAUGCAUCUAUUUUUAACAGGAAAAAAUGUGGGAGAAUCUAAAGAUGCUGCCUUUGCCAGUUGCUGGGGAAGCGCUGCUAUGGAAACAGAUUUGGACCUAAGUGUGCUCAUGAUCCUUUAUUUACUGUUGUUUUAUUUUUACGUCUUGAUUGAGGGCAGGGAAUAUAUUUUUUUAACGACACAUUGAAUUUUUUUGUUUACUCUUUUCCUUUUUCAGUACAGUCACGUGUACUUUGUUGUCUUAGUACUGGAAAUGUUAUAUUAUACUUUCAUUCUUGUGGAAUUGUGGGUAUAAUGAUGGCAAUGAUUAAAUUGACUUGUAUGUUGAA